UACGACAUCGAAAUGGAUCACAAGCGGAUAUUAUUUUUGUUCAGCAUAGCUGCCCUGCUCCUAUGUAAUUUUGUAAGCGCCGAUGAAACGGAAUCGGAAGUGCUGGCAGAGGAGCCGAGCUCCACCCAGCUGCUGGCGGCCGGGGAAACUGCCCAGGCUGAUUCUGGAGAUGAGAACGUUAGGAAAGUGCGUCAGUACUUCGGGCCACCACCGUUUGGACCUCCGCCACCACCUUUCUUUGGGCCACCGCCACCACCGUACUACGGCGGUGGUUUUGGUGGCGGAUUCGGCGGUGGCUUCCAGAGAACUCGAGUGGUCACCCGCACCCGUUACCGCGGUCGCGGUGGCUACUACGGCGGUGGAUUCUACGGCUAA